AUUUAUCCCACUAACCCACCACAUUAUUCCACAGAGAUUGGCCGUUCAAUCACGAUUUCCAAAUCCAACCGAUGGUUGUUCGAAUGAAGCGGCCUUUUCCUAUAAGUGGGAGCACCCUGGAUAGUGUUUGGUGGACCGACCUUUUAUGGUCAUUCUUCUGUCCAUUGACCAUCUAUGACAUCACAAUACUUCCAACAAUGAGGAAAAACAAAGAUGAAAAUUCAAACGAGUUUAAGGAAAGAAUAAGAAAGAGCAUGUCAUCAAUGUUAAACGCACCAUGCACAAAUUAUGAUGCAUCCGAUGUAGGGGAGUAUUUGAAACGGGUUAGAUUUGAAGAAAGAAAACCACAGGAACAUUUGAGAGACUUUCCACCAUCCAACAACACCAUGAGGAUGGCCCAACAAGUCAAAGAUAUUUUGCCCCAUGUUCCUAUACAUGUUAUUGUAUCUGAUGUUGAAAGAACAAAGUCUGUCGAUAUCACGGUCACCAAUAUUUUGGAAGGAGUUGUAACGUUCGUGGCCGAGGAUCCAACGGUGGCAACUGACACCGAUUCAAAAGUUAAAGUUGCCACGAAAGUAAGAACUCCUGUCAACCCCUCGUUUAGUCGCGACCCCAAUCGGCGUCACAUGACCUUGCAGGAGAAAAAAGAUGAAUUUAUUGCUGUAGCAAGGGAAAAAUAUAUCGCAAAACAUGGAUUGUAACUUACCUGGGACUUGAACCUCGUACCUGUGUGUUGAAUGUUUGGAACACCUCACAAUUUAAAAAGAAAUGGUGUAGUAGAGUGGGGUAAGAUGGGACACUCCUUCAUUCAAUUUUUUUGUCCUAUUUAGUAGUAAACAAAGAACAUGCAAAACUUUUUGAACCUGUAUUCUCACAACUCUAUAGACCCUUGUUUAAAACCUGAUUAGGAUAUUUAAAUAUCAUGUUCUAAAGGUGUCCCAUCUUCUCCCACCCUACUAUAUACAAUAGACCCACCCAUGUGGUUUUUUACCCUUUACUCCAACACUAUAAAUGGCCACUCAUUUUCAAGUAUCUCGGUAGAUAUAGUGGGGUGGGGGAAGAUGGGUCACCUUUAGCACAAAAUAUAUAAAUAUCCUGGUCGUGUUUUAAACAAAUAACAACGGUCUAUGAAAGUCGCGAGGACAAGGUUUUAUAAUUCUUUAAAUGUUCUUUGUUUACUAUCAAAAUGUAUGAGAAAAUAGAACGAAAAGGUGUCCCAUCUUCCCCCAUCCUACUAUAUAUAAUUAAUAAAUAGCAAAGCAAUGUUACUAUGUUAAAUUACUAAUUGUCAGUAAACCUUCGUACAGUGCUUCUUAACCUUUUUAUCACAACCAAAAUAAUAAUCACACAUCAAAAGCAAAAGCUUGGCGACCCAAUUUCCGAAGCUACAUUUAAACUUUCUUAAGCAUUUGAAUAAAAUGGUUUCACUUUUACAACAAUAACAUUAAAAAGCAUUAGUAACCACUAUAGUAGGCGAUCAAAUUAUAUCAAAUAGUGAGUGCUUCUAUAUAUAGGUUCUAAGAAACACUGUUGUAUAUUGUAACACAACAACAUAACAUGUAAAACAUGGGAGUUAAUAUACCAUACAUACCACAGGUUUAACUUUACAAUAACACUCAAACGCAUUAGUAACUACUAUAGUGGGCGACCCAACCAAAUUAAACAGCGACCAGAUUUUCCAAACUUCAUUUCGAAAAACUUUGUAAGCAUGUAAUAAAAUCAUAAACAUACAAUAACAGUCAAAAGGCUUUUGUAAACCACAGUAAGGGACCCAACCAAAUU